GGGGGCGGUGUCCCUCUCGCUGCGGCAGCGGCGGCUCCGAGCGGGGCCCGGCGCGGCCCUGCCCGCUUUUCCCGGCUCUUCCCCUCCCGUUCCCGGCCGUUCCCCCGGCUCCCCCCGGGCCGGCCAUGGCGCUGCUGCGGGCGGCCGCGCUGCCGGCCGAGGGCGGCCCGGCCUGGCUGCCCACGCACGUCCAGGUGACGGUGGUGCGGGCCCGCGGGCUGCGCUGCAAGGGCGGCACCGGCAAAGGCAAAGCGGGCGGCAGCGACGCGUACACCGUGAUCCAGCUGGGCCGCGAGAAGUACAGCACCUCGGUGGCCGAGAAGAGCGGCGGCAGCCCCGAGUGGAGGGAGGAAUGUGCCUUCGAGCUGCCCCCCGAGCCCGGGCCCCGCGCCGGGCUGGUGCUCACCGUGAUGCACCGGGCGCUGGUGGGCAUGGACCGAUUCCUGGGACAGGCCGUGGUGCCCCUGGAGCCCGCCCGGCAGCGCGGGAGGGAGCCCGACGAGCGGUGGCACAAGCUGCACUCCAAGGCCAGGAAGAAGGAGAAGGAGCGGGGUGAGAUCCUGGUGAGCAUCCAGUUCACACGGAACAACCUCACGGCCAGCAUGUUCGACCUGUCCAUGAAGGACAAACCACGGUCACCCUUCGGGAAGCUGAAGGACAAGGUGACAGGCAAGAAGAAAUACGACCUGGAGUCGGCCUCUGCCAUCAUCCCCAGCAGCCUGGGCGGCCUGGACGUGGAGGAUGACUACGAAAUGGGGGGCAAGAAGGCCAAAGUCAAGGGCUUUUUCCUGAAGAACAAGCUGCGCAAGUCGUCCCUGACGCAAUCCAACACUUCCCUGGGAUCCGACAGCACCAUCUCCUCUGCCAGCCUGAGCUUGGCAGCAAAUGUUCCUGAGGUAACCAAAUCCCCGAGCAGACACAGCAGUCUGUCCAUGGAGCGCUCUGUGAAAGACUAUUUGCCGUCUCCCAAGCUGACCCACAAGAGAGCGUUCAGCGACGACGUCUCCCAGGUCAGCCCGGUCCUGGAGCCCAAAGCGAUCCAAAGCCUGAAGCCAAAGAACGACCCCGUGUCCCGUUCUUCCCUCUGCAUCAACGGGAGCCACGUUUACAGCGACGAGCCCGCCCCGAAGAGCCCCGCGCUGGUGCCGCCCGGCUCUGCCCCGCUGCCCGUGCCCGCCGUGCCCAGGAGGCAGGACGAGGGGUUCGGCUUCACCCCGCUCCAUCCCGACCCCCACGAGGCGCCCUGGGGGGUCGGCGGCUUCGAGAGGCCUCAGCAGAGGGACGAGCCGAGGUUCAUCCCGUCUCCUCCCAGCUUAGCCCUGCAGGAAGAGCUCAAGGUCUCCACGAAGGCCGUCACCCUCAGCAACCACCUGGGCAGAGCCAGGAUGGAGGAGAGCAGCCGCCUGGAGAACAAGCCCACCCAAGCCGCGGCACCCGUGGGCUUCUCCUCGGACAAACAGCCCGAGGAGGCGAGGAAGGAGGAGAAGAAACCAAAAGGUGGCUUCUUCCACCACGGGGGCAACCGGAGCGAGGCGGGGAGCAAAGGCCAGGGGGAGAAAGUGGGACCCUCCGUCCAGGCCGCGGCGGCGGGAGACGAGAGGAGUAAGAGCAGCGGCUGGUUUGGUUCAAAGGAGCCCAAAGAUUCCCCUCAGAAACCCAGCCUGGAAGUGUCUCCUCAGGUAGAAACCAGCUCAGAUGCUCCUUCUCAUUUUCCUCCCUGCUCCCCCGCCCCGUUUCCUCCUGCCCAUCUCGCUCGCAUGCCAAGCUCUAACCUCCCUCCCGCUACUGGAGACAGUCAGGCCGGAUGCUUGUCCCCCACCAACCCAUUCCUCAACUCCCUGCAGAGCAAUCCCUUCUUUGAGGACCUCCUCGCUGACCAGGUACUAAAUUCUCCUUCACCUACUCACUUUUUCUCUAGUUUCCCGUGUGGGCCGCAUGCUUCACCAGAGGUCGCUGGGAGCUUUUAUUCCUCUGAGGAUUGCAGUCCCUCUGCCUCCCUAAGGCACACAGACCCAGAGAGGGAGUCUCCAGCCAAAAGCAUUGGUGUCCCCGUUCCUGAAACCACUCCCCCAUCACAAGGAGACCUUCCUUCUCCGGACACCGAACCCACCGUCCCUCCGCCGCUCUCGGAGUGGGACGAUACCUUCGAUGCCUUUGCCACCAGCAGGCUCAAACCAGAAGGGAAGAAGGAAAACUUCUUUGCUUCCCUGGCAGCAGAGGGCAUGGCUUUCAUCGACGAUGCCGAUGCUGCCAGCCCAACGGAGAGAGCAGCCAAGCCAGCCCACGAGAAGGGCACACAAGGAUUCGAAAAGACCGAUUCCCAAAUGGGCGGUGAAAUACCCGCGGCUCUUCGGUCUUGGACAAAUUUCUCCAGUUUAGAUGUGGGGGCCAACUUGGUGAGCACGACCCAGGAGGCCACGGUGAUAGAGGACGUGCUGAGCCCCGUGUCUGCAGGGUCCGUGGGGAGGAGGAGGAAGAGCAGCACGCCCAUGGUUUGGACAGCUGCGUUUGCAUCGGGAAACUCCGCGGAAAAAGAGGCUUCGACAGCACUGACCACUGGAAGUAGCACCAGGGAGGGAGGGGACAGUGAUGAGGAGGAAUCCUCUAGUGCAGGGACAAAUGGUUGGAUGACCAUAGCCACCGAAACUGCUCCUGAGCCCUCGGAGAGCACCCAAAGCGUGGCGGAGGAGCGCGUGGGUCAGGACAGCGUGUUCGGCCCACGACCCGCCUUCCUCAGCGACGGUGCCUUCGAAGCCAACAACGCAUCCCGUGCCGCCGCCCACGUGCUGCCCAGGAGCACCUUCCCCCCCGAGCUCACCCCCGAAACCCUGCCAGGCAGCAACGUGGUGGCCGUGCCCCCGCGGGUGCUGGCGGAGGUGGCAUCACGGCCGCUCCCUGCCCCUCCCGAGCUGGGGACAGAGCUCCAGGGCGCUGGGAAUAAGGAGGACACGUUCGACAUCCGGACAUCGGUGUACCGGCUCCAGGCCAGCAUGAGGCUGGAGGCCAGUGAAAGCCUUGUAAAGCUCAGCUCUGACAUCCGUGAGAGGCACGUCGUCCUCUCCCCGUGGACAGGGACCCACGAGCGGGAGGAGAUCGCGGCCGGCUCGGCAGUGCCACCCCCAAAACCUCCCCGGUGGUUCGCAGCUGCUGGCGUUGGAGGGGAUGGGGAGGAGGAGGAGGAGGCUCGUGGCCCACAGCGAGGCAGUGAGGAGCGAGGGGAAGACACCGAGCGCCCAAAAGCAGAUGCAGAGUUGCCAAGGAGCCGUGCGAGCAGCGAGCCCUCUGUCCCGGCAUCUCCCAGCCCGCCUGCCCUGGGAGUGGACAUCGCCGAAGCCGGGAGGGAGUUUCUGGUCUCCAAGGAUGCUGAAUGUGUGGACUCAGCAGUGAGAGCCAGUGAGCUGGGAAAAGGGGACACCUCUCUGGGGGAAGACCCAUCGGAGAUGAAUGAGACGGAUGCGGCUGAGCAGUUCGAGACUUGCACAUCCAAGUUCUCCCUGGAUGGAUCAGGCCAGUCGGGUGCUGAGCAGAGCUGGAGCCAGCCCCGUUUGUCCCCUCAGACGGGGCCCACAGACAGUGCCAAGUGGGAGAUGGCCUCUGCACAGGAGCCGUUCCCUGAGGAGCUCAGUGUUUCAGGACUAAACCCACCUUCCAAGCUAGACCUGGGCCAGCCGGAAAUGUUCUGGACGGCUCUGGAAGAGCAGGAGGCAGCUGCUCAUCCCACUGGUCUCAGCCCAAGGUUAGCACGUGGGGAGAGCCCACCCCGGCCGCAGCCGGCAUGGGAUGAUGGUGAGGGGCAAGAGGGACACCAGCCUGAGCCUUGUGCCCCUGUGGCAGUGGCCAGCCCUCCUGAGGAGGCAGAGCAGGGCAGACCCCCCUGCAGCGAGCCCGAGGGGCCAUGGCACUCGGCAGACAGCAGGAUAGACUUCAAGAAGGCGGAUUUCUGGAAGCCAGACAGGGCGGAGGAGAGGCACAAGCAGGAAGCUCCAUCCCCGAAAAACCCCUUUACUCUGGCCCUCAGCCCCAACUCCCCAAGCAACCCCUUCGUGGAGACACCCCCAGACAACCCCCUCCCUGCUCAAGCUGCACUGCCCGAAAAGCUUGACCAGGGCGACUUCAGCUUCGCCAGCCUCCACGAGGAAGCCCUCGGGCAAGGCUUCCAGCCCACUAACCCCGCCGGGCACCCGCUCGUGCAGCCUCCCUUCCCGCAUGCCAGCCAGCCCUUGGCCUUCUCCACCCCUUUCCUCGUGGCUGCCACUAACCCCGAGCAGUUUGGUUUCCCCUCCCCUGCCGUGUUCCCCGCGAGCCGCGGGGUCCCCGCCGCCUCCAGCCGCGCAGCCGCCCAGCCCUGCCCUUUGCCGCAGCCCGGGGACACACAGGCUUCAGCGCUCGUGGUUUUGCCCAGGGAGACACAGCCAGCUGAGAAGCCCCUUUUCCAGCAGACGACCAGUCCCCACCCGGUGAAGCCCAUCAGCGCCGCGGUGCAGGAGGUCUCUGCUGAGAAGAAGCAGCAGCACAGGUCCAGCCUGACCUCAGCACUGAGCAAUGGCCUGGAGAAGCUGAGGACAGUCACCACGAGCAGCGUCCAGCCCGUGGCCCCGACCUCCCACCCGGAGAAAACAGACUCCAAGAAGUUAAAGGAUCCCACCGUGCUGGACCAGUCAGCCAAGUAUUACCACUUGACCCACGACGAGCUCAUCCAGCUCCUGCUGCAGAGGGAGAUGGAGCUGAGCAAGAAGGAGGAGCACAUCCACGAACUGGAGAACUACAUCGACCAGCUGCUGGUUCGCAUCAUGGAACAGUCUCCCACGCUCCUCCAGAUCCCACUGGGGGAAGGCAACACCAAGUAACCUCUGCCCAGAGACCAGCAGCACUCGCCUAGAGCACUUCUCCAGUAAAAACGCUGCAAACAUCCCUGCACUCCCCCCUCCUCUUCCAAGAGGGCUCCAGUGGCUUCCGUUCGCAGAGUUUAGCGGGAAAGGUCGUCUGCUCCUUCCCAGCCCAAGCUUCUCCCAGCUCUGGCUCCAGGGAACUGUAGGGUGGAUGAUGGGCAGUCGUGCACCCUAUGGGGAGGAGCAGAGCCCUCCACCUGAGGCAGAUGCCACCUUAGGUUCCUGUCCUUGUGACCAAGUGCCAUCUUCUCGGGCGCUCACCCUGCCAGUGCUUUAAGCGGCCCAUGGACAUUUGAGAGCUGGAAACCACCUCGCCCAUGGCUUCAUCCUGCUGCUCUUCUGCCCACACUCUUCCUCAUCUCUCUUCUGAAGUGGUGUCCCCUGGCUGGAGGAUGAUGUUGAACUGGUUGAGGACAGCGGGGAUGUCUAAACCCAGGAAAGCUCUCCCAGCACGUUAGUGACUGCAGAGCAGGGCUGCUGUUGGAUGCCUCCUCCCCUUCCUGCCCCAUUUACCCCCCAGAAUGAAGGCUCUGUGUCUGAAGAGCCAGCUCCAGUUUGUGCCAGUUCCUGACCGCUGGGAGAUGCUACACAAAGGGACAACAAUGGAGUUGGAGGCCAUAAAGGACUUGAUCCAAUGUCACUGCCUGACCAUGAGCUGCGUUGACUCCUUCACUCCGUGGGUGCAGAGUGGUGAUGCUGCCUCAGCUCCUCAAAACUCAGCUUGCAGCAUGGAAAAGUGAUGGUCUGUGCACCAUGAGGGCUCCAGGAGAUCUUCCUGCUUCCCACCCAACCCAUCCCCAGCCUGGCUGUGCCUCGAGGGGAUUCCUUUGUGUAUAAACCACAGCUCAAUUUUCUACUCGGUGUCCCGUGGGAAUUGCUCUCCACGGCUUUCCCCACCGUUUGCUCUGUGUUGUCUUUCCCAACCCAACAGGAAAAUGCCAUUGGACCAAAGCUCAUGGAUGUCUGAGCAUCUGGCCACCUCUGCAUGACAUCCUGGGGGAUCAGGCUCCCACCAAACACUCCCUGUCCCAGCUCACAUUCCAGGAAUCCUGGCAGACCCCCCUCCAGCCACUGUUAGUGCCGAGCACCGCUCCAGUUGGAUCACAUCCACAUGCCAGUGUUGGAUCUCUUGGGCCCAGCUCUGCUGGGAGCUGAGUGCUUCCAGCUGCUGACCAUGGAGUGACCAUCCAAAGGGCUCUGAUUUAUGUAGUUUAAUGAGAAUGCAGCAUAGAUUUGAGUUCAGAGGUGCUGUGGAAGAGGAUAGAAAGGAUGUUGCUCCAUCUCUCAUCCUGCCAGGAUUUUGUCUGGAGAAGUGGUGGAGGGUUGGUUGGUGUGGGAUUUGAGCUGUCUUGGCAUGUAAGGCAUCUUCUCCCUCUUCUGUAUCUCCCAAAGUUACUGGAUUCUUUUAAAACCUCCAUACUCUUCUCUCCUUACUUCCAUGUAUGCCAUGACUUUGAAAAACUGUGCCUUUUGCCAUAGGACAGUAGCAGUUUCCUACCCAAAAAGGCUCUGAAAUCCAAUUCUCAUUUCCACACAACCCAUCUGGGGACAGGUUUCUCUUCUGUUUUCCCGCUCAUCCGAAAAAGUGAGUUUAUUUUUACAUGCAGAGCCUUCCCACCCCUGUGUGCAGGUACUUUGGGUCCUUGGCAGGAAUUCUGCACAGGAAGCUCAUGGGACGUGGGAGGCAGAGAGUUUAGGAGAUGACAUGGGGAGGAAGAGCAGGCCAAAUAUUCCAAGACAAAAUACAGCUGGAUAAAGACAUUAUUGGGUCAGGAGAGAAGGAGGUUUGGUCCUGUCUGGUUAAACCAUCAUAUGAGGGGGAGGAUUUGUCACCUGGGGAAGGUACCAGCCGUGAACUUCCAAUUCCUGCCUGCCUUGGCCCCUCAUAUGGAAUAAUCUGAAGGUUUGCACUUCUCUACCUGUUCCUCUUGUCUUUAUGUUCCUCCUCCCUUUGUGUUUCUGGGAUAAGACGUGAGGCUCAGAAGGAAGAUGCUUCUCCCGUUUUAGAAAGUCCCAGAAAUAUUUCUCUGCCUAUAGGAUCAGAUCCCAUGGCCUGAGCACCACAUUCCCUUUCUGAGUGCCCAGAGAAGCUCUUCCUUUGAGCUGAAGGCGGGCAGGGAGGAGUUGUGGGCAGCUGGAAUGCAGUCCAGCCUUGGAAAAGCAGCACGGCACGGGAACGAGGGCCGGGAGGAGGGGCAGGUGUAGCUCAAGUGGGCAUUAAUAAGGGGGAGGAGCAGAGCCAAAAUCUCACAAGAUUAUCCCACACUGGCUCCCCACUCCCUAAAAAACAUCUGCUUCCUUGGAGCCCUCCCCCGGCAGCGUUGGCUCUGCAGGUGCUCCCCACACACAAGUGCCAGUGUUUCUGAGGAUCUCUGCACCUCCUCCCUGCCUUCUCCCCUCCUCUUCCAUCGUGUCUCACCACUUCCCUCAGCCCCCUCUGCCUUACUCAGCUCUGCCUUUUGUCGCUCCAAAGCUUGAAUGUUUUGCACUUGAAUAUCUGAAGUUACUCUCAGAGCUCAGCAGGCGGUGCCGGGGGUGCAAGAGGUGCUUCCCCAUCUCCUGCCUUUCCAGCAAUAAGUGCUUCCCCAUCUCCUGCCUUUCCAGCAAUAGGUGCUUCCUCCACAUCCUGCCUUUCCAGCAAUAGGUGCUUCCUCACCUCCUGCCUUUAGAGCAAUAGGAGCUUCCUCAUCUCCUGCCUUUCCAGCAAUAGGUGCUUCCUCAUCUCCUGCCUUUAGACCAAUAGGUGCUUCCUCAUCUCCUGCCUUUAGACCAAUAGGUGCUUCCUCAUCUCCUGCCUCUCCAGCAAUACCUAUUCCUUCCAUCUUCUGCCUUUCCAGCAAUAGGUGCUUCCUCCAUAUCCUGCCUCUCCAGCAAUAGGAGCUUCCUCACCUCCUGCCUUUCCAGCAAUACCUGCCCCUUCCAUCUCCAGCUUUUCCAGCAAUAGAUGCUUCCUCACCUCCUGCCUUUAGAGCAAUAGGUGUUUCCUCAUCUCCUGCCUUUGCAGCAAUAGGAGCUUCCUGAUCUCCUGCCUUUCCAGCAAUUCCUUUUCCCUCCAUCCCUUACCUUUCCAGCAAUAAGUGCUUCCUCACCUCUUGCCUUUCCAGCAAUACCUGUUCCUUCCAUCUCCUGCCUUUCCAGCAAUAGGAGCUUCCUCACCUCUUGCCUUUCCAGCAAUACCUUUUCCCUCUAUCCCUUACCUUUCCAGCAAUAGGAGCUUCCUCACCUCCUGCCUUUAGAGCAAUACCUGCUCCCUCCAUCCCUUACCUUUCCAGCAACAGGUGCUUCCUCAUCUCCUGCCUUUCCAGCAACAGGUAUUUUCUCAAAUCCUGCCUUUCCAGCAAUAGGUGCUUCCUCCAUAUUCUGCCUUUCCAGCAAUACCUUUUCCCUCCAUCCCUUACCUUUCCAGCAAUAGGUGCUUCCUCCAUCUCCUGCCUUUCCAGCAAUAGGUGUUUCCUAAUCUCCUGCCUUUCCAGCAAUACCUGUUUCUUCCAUCUCCUGCCUUUCCAGCAAUAGGAGCUUCCUCAUCCCCUACCUUUCCAGCAAUACCUGCUCCCUCCAUUUCCUGCCUUUCCAGCAACAGGUACUUUCUCAAAUCCUGCCUUUGCAGCAAUAGGUGCUUCCUCAUCUACCUUUCCAGCAAUACCUGCUCCCUCCAUCACCUGCCUUUCCAGCAAUUUCUGCUCCCUCCCAUCUCCACAGGCCAAGGCAGGUCUGGCACCGGUGCCUUGGUGUUGGGUGUGAGGCAGGAGCUGCAGAAGGAACAAGCAGUGAUGGGUGUUUCGUGUCUGUCCUCGAGUGUUUGGAAGUCCUGGGGUAUCUAUGAAUCAACUGGUGUUUAGGAAAAGGCAUCUUAAAGAUGCUCCUGUCUCUGUUCUCUGUUUCUUCACCCCUCUGUCCUGAAAAUGUGGGGUUUUCCCCAGCACCCCCCAGAUUGAUUCUGUCCAUCAGAGCAGCAGCUUGGCUACACCACAGCACUGAAACCAGAGUCUGUUUAAUUUGUUGUUAGAAGUUCCCAGAGGGAAAUGGUUUUGAGGACCUUGUGGAGGGAAGGGAUGAGGAAAAGAAUUGUGGGGGGGAAAUGUUCUCAAGUUGCCCAUGUUCUGUCUGGGGUUUAUCUCCAUAGUUAGUGAUCUAAAUCUCCGUUUUUUAGCGAUUUAUUUGGCAGCCCAGGGGCAGGAGCAGCAUUCCUGCUCCCUGUUGGAGCCACACUGAGCUCUGUUCCUCUCUGCUGAACCCAGCAGACCACAAGGUUUCGCUGGACCAGCAGCAACUUUCCCUUGGUUCCACUUUAAACACAGCCAUAACAAUCCCUCUGUGGUUUUGCCUUUCUCUUGGACUCUGUUUUUCCACGUGGUUCCAGCAGGGUGCUGUUGGCUCUGCUUUUGUUGUCAGCCCACGACUGGGUUUCUUGCUUUUCAAGAACUUUGGCCAAGUGAUUUUCUUUUCUUCUUGGCUGCUCCUUCUGGUCACAGGCUGGGCCAGAAGAACCACCAAGGUUUAUCCUUUAACUGGAACAAACCUGAAGGGAUGUGGGUUCUCAAGUGUAGACUCAGCCUUACGACUCGUCUGUGAAGAAACCACCGUGUGUUUCGUGUUUCAUGGGGUGGAAAAACAUCCCAAAGUGGGAAAAGAAGCAUCAGGGAGGGUUUGGAGUUGUUGAUUUCCCUGUACUUCACGUACCAAGGAAGUGGGUUCUGUGCGUUUCAUGUUUUAAUAGUUGCAACUAAUGUUUAUAAAGAGCUUGUUAUUUACGUUUUCAGCACUUUAAAGAAGAAAAAAAAAAUAAAAGUUGUUCAAGCUGUUCCUA